AUGCUGUGUAACUGUGUCGCCAUGCAUCACGAGAUUGUAGCCCUUGAGGAGCAUCAGCAGCCCCUCCCCAUCCACGGAUUCACCUUCCCAGCCUCCACAACCCACAAACUGACAGCGUACAAGACCACGUCGACUCGUGAAGAGCUCCACUCGCGCAUCCACGAUGCAACGAUAAUCAUUACUACCACCAUUAAGCUUGAUGCCGAAACAUUGCGCCCCAGUGUUACUCCGAACCUCCGCUAUAUUGCCAUAUCCGCGACCGGAACAGACCCUGUGGACCUGGACGCCUGCCGGGCCCGCAAUAUUCGCGUUACAAACUGCCCGGGGGCAAACCUCGACGCGGUUUCGGAACAUGCCAUAAGUCUAUACUUUGCAUCCAGAAGGCGCACCGCCUUGCUGGAUCGCAUCACUCGUGCGCACCCCAGCGAAUGGAAGACGGCGGGUAGCGUGAAGGACCACAUGCGCCUGCCGGACGGCAUGCCUCCGAUGACCUGCAAAGAUGAGGUUAUGGGCGUUAUCGGCUAUGGGGGCAUCGGCAAGCGAAUAGCUGCGCUAGGGCAAGCAUUGGGCAUGCGCGUACUUAUCGCGAGUCGAAAGACACCAGCGACGCCUCCCGUAGACACCGGGCUCCCAGCCCCUGACGCCUCUGACGACCGCAUACCCUUUGACCAUGUGCUCCGCAACUCCACAGUCCUCGUCCUAGCUCUCCCGCGAACCCCCGAGACGCUCAACCUCAUCUCUACUCCCGAGCUCGAGAAGAUGCAUCCGUAUACCGUCAUAGUCAACGUCGCGAGAGGCGGCAUAGUACACGAAGCUGCUGUAGUGCAAGCCCUGAAGCAGAGGCGCAUAGCCGGUUAUGCGACCGACGUAUACCAGGUGGAACCUCUUGGUGGACCUGCAGAUACCCCACUGUUGGAGGAAGACGUGAAGGACCUCAACAUUACUCUGAGUCCGCAUGUGGCAUGGUUUUCGACAACGUCGAUCAAGAACCUUGGUGAGAUAUUGAAGGCGACUGUAGAGGGCAUGGUGAGCGGCAACGAGAUCAAUGCCAUCCUGUAA